AUCGCCAUCUGCCAGCACCAUGGCCCUGUCCAGCGACCCCGCCUUCAGGAAGCUCGCCGAGUGGUACAAGGCGAACGGCGCCAAGCUCGUCCUGAGGCAACUCUUCGAGGCCGACAAGGACCGCUUCGAGAGGUUCAGUGUGACUCUGAAUACUGAUCAUGGGGAUAUCUUGCUGGAUUAUUCGAAGAACCUUGUUACAGAAGAGAUCAUGAAGAUGCUGAUAGACCUGGCAAAGUCAAGAGGUGUCGAAAAUGCUAGGGAGCAAAUGUUCAGUGGAGAGAAGAUCAACUUCACUGAGAAUCGGGCUGUGCUUCAUAUUGCCCUGAGGAAUCGCUCCAAUGUUCCAAUAUUCGUGGAUGGCAAAGAUGUAGUCCCAGAAGUUAACAAGGUGUUGGACAAGAUGAAACACUUCUGUCAGAAAGUUCGUAGUGGAGAAUGGAAAGGCUACACUGGAAAGGCAAUUACCGAUGUGGUCAAUAUUGGGAUUGGUGGCUCAGACUUGGGCCCUGUUAUGGUGACUGAAGCCCUGAAACCAUAUUCCAAGGGAGGCCCUCGUGUCUGGUUUGUAUCCAACAUUGAUGGUACUCAUAUAGCCAAAACCGUGGCUGAGCUUAACCCUGAGACAACACUCUUCGUCAUUGCAUCUAAGACUUUCACCACCCAAGAAACUAUUACCAAUGCAGAAACGGCCAGAGAGUGGCUUCUUCGUUCUGCUAAUGAUCCUUCUGCUGUGGCCAAGCAUUUUGUCGCCUUGUCUACCAAUGGUCCUAAAGUUAAAGACUUUGGAAUUGACACUGAGAAUAUGUUUGAGUUUUGGGAUUGGGUUGGUGGCCGUUACUCAUUGUGGUCAGCCAUUGGUCUCUCCAUUGCUCUGCAUGUUGGUUUUGACAACUUUGAGAAACUGCUUGCAGGAGCCCACUGGAUGGACAACCACUUCCACACUGCUCCACUGGAAAAGAAUGUGCCAGUUCUGCUGGCCAUGCUGGGUGUCUGGUAUAUAAACUUUUAUGGCUGUGAAACCCAUGCACUCCUGCCAUAUGACCAGUACAUGCACCGCUUUGCUGCUUACUUCCAGCAGGGUGACAUGGAAUCUAAUGGGAAAUACAUCACCAAGAAAGGCACUCGUGUGGACUACAAUACUGGCCCUAUUGUGUGGGGUGAACCUGGAACUAAUGGGCAGCAUGCCUUUUAUCAGCUCAUUCAUCAAGGAACUCGUAUAAUCCCCUGCGAUUUUCUAAUCCCAGUCCAGACCCAACAUCCAAUCAGAAAUGGCUUGCAUCACAAGAUCCUUCUGGCCAACUUUCUUGCUCAGACUGAGGCCUUGAUGAAAGGAAAGACUGCUGAUGAGGCUCGAAAAGAACUGCAGGCUACUGGGCUGAGUGGAGGUCCUCUGGAGAAACUUCUUCCACAUAAGGUCUUUGAAGGAAAUCGCCCAACCAAUUCCAUUGUGUUUACAAAACUUUCCCCGUUCACUCUGGGAGCCUUAAUUGCUAUGUAUGAACACAAGAUCUUUGUUCAAGGAGUUGUGUGGGAUAUUAAUAGCUAUGACCAGUGGGGAGUUGAGCUUGGAAAGCAAUUGGCUAAGAAAAUUGAACCAGAACUGGAUUCUGAUGCUCCAGUGACAUCUCAUGAUAGCUCAACAAAUGGGCUCAUUAACUUCAUCAAGAAGCAUAAAGCUUGACCUGAAAGAUUCAGAGGACACCACCAGUCUAACUGCCGAACACACAGAUCAAUGUUGUAGUAAUUGCUUUUUAGCUACUUUUAACCAAAAUAGCACUUUACACUUGGAGCCCCGUAACUUGUUGCAGCUAAUCCUGUUCUGUCAAGUGUGUUAAAAAUGCAAGCUAGUUUUGUGAAACAGAUUGUAUAGUUGCCUUCUAUUUUUGUGGUUGUCAAACUGUAAAGUGCAGCUGUGUCCCUCACUACUCCCUCAAAGUUGAUCACAUGUACUAAAAUCAGAAAAUAAAAGACCAUGGACAAUAGAA